GUGUACGGCGCCGGCAUGGGCGCGAUGGUGGGGCUGUACCUGGCCAAGGGCGCUGCGGUGGCGGGCCUCUGCGAGGCGGUCUUCAUGCUCUGCGCGGUGCUCGGCGGCUUCGUGGUCGGGCAGAACCUGCCGGCGCCGUGGCCCCAGCGGGUGAACCCGAUGAUCACCUGCAUUGCCGUGGGAUACACCGCGUGCGCGGCGUGGGCCAUGCUUGCGGGCACGACCUUCAUGCGGGUGCUCGAGACGUUCAAGGGGCCCGCUGGCGCCGGCGGCAUGUUCUUGAUGCCACUGCUGCAGCCGCUGCUCAUUUCCCUGGGCCUGUCGCUUUACGAGCGCCGGAAGGUGCUGGCAGAGGACUACGCGGUCAUCUUGUGCACCACGCUGGGCUCCGCCUUCUUCGGUCUGUUCUUCACCGCCAUAUUCGCAGGCCCCGUCCUGCGCCUGCCGACGCUGCUCGUGGGCUCCGCGGUGCCGCGCUGCGUCACGGCGGCGCUGGCCAUCGCGAUCGCGGGGAUGCUGGGGCCCCUGGCGAACGUCGCGUUCGCCAUCGCCCUCGUCCAG